AUGUCACAUACGUUGCACCUUGGUCGUAACGAUUCUUCUAAUUUGAUACCCGAGGAAGAUGAAGAAAGACGUAGAAUUUUUUACUGUGUUUACUGUUGUGACAGAUGGAUUUCAUUUUUAAUGGGAAAGCCAUACUCGAUCGACAAUAUAAACGUAAACGUUCAAUUACCAUCAUUACCCUCAUUUGAUCCACCAACUCGAAAUUUCUUUAUCUCCUUCAUAAAGCUAUCACAUAUAAUUGGAGAAAUUUGGAAAUUUGGCUAUUCAUCACAACCAAAGGCAGCACAAUCAAAUUGGAUGGGUCAUGCAAUGGAUCAAAAGAGUAUGUUGAGACAAAUAAGAGCUGCAUUAGCAAAAUGGUUGAAGGAAUUACCUGACGAAUUACAAUAUCAAUAUUUGCCAAACACCGAUACUAAAAGCUUAUUCCAAUUGGCAAGGUUCUCUGUUUAUGCAGGAUAUAUUAAUAUUCUGUUUCACACUUGUAUUAUUUUAUUACAUCAACCUUAUUUGACUCAGGCUUAUGAUAAUCCAAAAAUUGAGGCAAACCAAGGUCCAAUUAAAACUUGUCUUACUGCCGCGACCACUAUUACAGAUAUUGCAAAGACAACGAGGCAUUUUGAUAAGAAAGCAUUUUGUAACUUUUUAUUCCCAAUCUAUGGAAUAUUACAAUCUGCUAUAAUGGAAAUGGUCAUCAUGAAUGGUUCUGCUGAGCAUGCUCAAUGUGCAAAGAAAUCUCUAAAUGAUACUUUGGAAGAAUUAAGAUCCGCUGCAGAUAACGCUAAUUAUGGUUCUCUUAAAGAGAUUGUAAAAGAAUUAGAAUGUAUUAUGAUGAUCGCUAAUGGAAAUACUGAUAGUAGUCAUAUUUCAAUUCCAUUUCCUCUGGUUUUACAAAUAAUUGAAUAUCAAAAUUCAAAUGGAGAUAACUUAAUUGAAAGUGAAUCUAAUUCUUCGAUAACUUUGAAUAGAUUACAACGAAAUUUAGCGAACACAAAUUCGUCACCGCCUUUACAGCAGCGAACAGCUAUACAAAUAACUCAACAGCAACAAAUACAAUCACAAUCAAAUAUGUUUAUGAUGUCGUCGCCAACUUCCAAUACAAUCUUUAAUACAUCGUCACAAGAUCAUACAACAACGCCAGCAGCUACUUCACUACAACAAUAUCACCACCUUUCAUCGUCAUAUAAUGGAAGUAGCCAACCCGCUCAUGAUAUUUCAUCACAAUCUGGUAACUCUCAAUGGGAAUCUUACUAUGAUGAUUACGUGUUUGACGUAAAUCAGGGUAAUGUUAAUAAUGUUAAUACAACCAAUUCAUCUGCUCCUCAUCAUGUUAUGGAUGAUUUAUCAUUAUAUUCUACUUCCGCCGGUUUAAUACAUACCUCACAAACGAGUCAUCGUCUUCAUGAUGGGAAUGGUAGUUCUUAA